AUGGCUCCCAGUGCAGUGAGUGCCCAACAGCUCGCAGAAGCGAAAGCCAAAUUCAAGCAGGACGGAUGGGCCGUCGUCCCUAAUGUGAUCGAUGCCGAAAAAGCAACAGAGGUCGUUGAUCGCCUUUGGAAGGCAAAGGAAGAGAGUGAGCGGCGAGGCGAUCCAACCUACCUGGACUGGCUGGAUCCCAACUCCAGCAACGUCCGUAUAUUCUACCUGAUGGAACUGGAUCCUAUCUUUCGCGAGCUAAUCUCACACCCUGUCGCUGUGGAGAUGGUUCAGUCCGCACUGGGCCAAAACUUCCUUGUCUCCAACUUCACAGCGAACAUUGCACUGCCCGGAUCCAAGUCCAUGGGCCUACACUCCGAUCUCUCCCUACAGUGCCCCGAUCCCUGGUUGUCGACUUGGGGUUUGAACGUGAUCUGGUGUUUGCAUGAUGUUUACUACGAGAACGGCGCCACUUUGUACAUCCCCGGGAGCCACCAUUGGAAGACCAAGGCGGAGGUGCCCUCAGAUGAGGAGGCAAGGAAGCUCCUGGUGCCAUUUGAGGCCAAGGCUGGGUCGAUCAUCGUGAUGGAUGGGCGCCUCUGGCACACGUCCGGUUGCAAUAUCACUCAGGAUAAAGAGCGGGCGCUUUUGUUCGGGGCUUAUAAUGCCCCGUUCCUAAGAGGCCAGGUGAACUGGGGUGUUGGGCUGUCGGAGGAAACGAAGAAGACCCUGAGUCCUCAGCUCCGGGAAUGGCUAGGAGUUAAUCGGGACGGCAAUCUUGGGGUGGUGACAGGAGUCAAUGAUGUCUUUGCUGAGGGUGCUGCUCCUCCUGCCCAUGCGUGA